GCCGUCAUGUUGAAAUUAUGGUUGUCAGUCAACUUUUUAACCAUGUUGUUUAUGGCUGUACCUCAGCACCUCUGCCACAACGUGGAACCACAAAGUUUAAUAAUUGAGUAUUUUGAAUCGCCCAUAAAAGCAACUGUUUGCCGCGAGAUGGUCGGAUUACCAGUUCUGUGGCCGGUAUAAAUCCGGUGCAUCGAUGACGACCACUCGAAGGCUUCAAAACAUCCGUGACACUGUAGUGCGGUCGAGUAACGUUAAUCGUGCGGAAAAUGCAUUGCUCAUUGAUGGUGGCACUGUGUGGCCUGCUGCUGCUGCUGAUGUUACUGUGGAAAGUGGAGGCGGGAAUUGUUUGUGGUGCCGAUACAUCCUCCGGGCCCAAUAACGAUUACGAGGAAAAUGUGUCGAAAUUGAUAUUCGAUUUUAUCGGAAAGUAUAAACGGUUGAAAUUUGGAAUUAUUUUUACGUGUACGCGGCAAACGCGGUUUUCGCACGGCAUUUCCAAAUUGCUGAUGAAGGCUAACAUAUCGCUCAGAGUGGUGAACAUCGAUGAUUAUGGCAAUCAUGACGAAGGCAAUCAAGAGGAUAGUAAUGGGAUAAUUAACAACGAUGAGUAUGGCCAGCUCAUGCGGAGUUUGGUCGCCCAUCGGCAAUUUGUUAUAUUGGAUCAGGAAUGUGAACAAGCGAACGACGUGUUAGAACAGGCCUCGCGAUAUGAGCUUUUCAACGCAUCGUUCCAUUGGUUGAUAAUUGAUAAAAAGUUGGACAGUGACGGCAGUGAUACACCGAUGUUCUUGGCUGCGGCUGAGCCUGAGCGUUGGACCAGGAUGUAUCGAUUACGAGCGGAACAGGCCGCGCUCCGUUGUCCGUGUUGGGUCCGGCAGACAACAGACAACCAGCAGACCAGUAGCCGUUUGCAGACUUGUGCUCGAACUUCGCACGGCGGCAACAGCUUCGAGGUUGAUUAUGACAAGAAGAGCUACGCGGCAGACGAUAGCGAUGCAUUUGGCCACUUCGAAACAAUGAACAUCAGCAUCAAUGCGGAAAUAACUUUGGUAAAGCCAGCUAGCGCAUCGUAUCAGACAUUCGCACUAUUCGACAUUUGGAAUCCUGGCUUCGUCAGCGGUGGCCGUUUGAAUGUUACUGCCAUGGGAAAUUAUUCCAUUUGUUCCCGGUCGAGCGAAGGACAGCUGAUAAUCCGGUUUCGCGAAAGCAUCAUUGUACGCCGUCAAAAUCUGAUGGGCCUUAAGCUGAAGAUAAUGACGGUAGUGACGCAGAAACCACAUGAACCAUUCGAACAUUACCUAUCGACGCCGAAGGACACCCACCUGGAUUCGGUGCAUCGCUACAAUUUCGGACUGAUGGGUUAUCUGAAGGAGUAUUUCAAUUUCAGCUUGAUUAUGAGACGAACGAAAAGCUGGGGCUAUCUACGGAACGGGACGUUCGAUGGGAUGAUUGGUGCGCUGGCCAGACGGGAAGUUGAUCUCGGCGGAUCACCAAUGUUUUUCCGCCAGGAGCGGCACCGGGUGGUAAGUUAUACCACUCGAUCCUUCAUAGAACGGCCAUGCUUCAUCUUUAGACAUCCAAGACGGCAGAACACAAUGCGGAACCCAUUCCUUCUACCGUUCGAGACUGUAAUCUGGUAUUUGAUGACGAUUUGCGGUGCCAUUCUAGCUGUAGUCCUGUUCAUCAGCUUCUACUUUGAAGAUGCAGGCACAGUCCAGGCUGGAAAAAGUUCGAUUCACGCUAACAAGUUCGAUGGGCGCACCCUUUCUUUAAAAAUUGCAGACGACGAAAGUUAUUACGAAGAUAGCUUCCAUUUUAAGCCGACUGGUGGAAAACGCCUCCCGUUCUGCCUAGGCCAGGCUCCGCGUCAACGCAACAUAAAGGAAAAUGCACUUUUUAAUGGCACACAUAAACAUAACAGUAGCCCGGAUCGACGGCGGCAUCUGCUGCUGGAGCGCCAUCAAUGGCGGAAGACAUUGAGCCAAAGGCACCAUUUCAAUGCACAACAUCAUCGAACGGCGGAGGCAGCAGCCGCGGCUAACGACGAAAACAGCAAUAUCGCAACUGGGAAAGCGGAAACGAUGCAGCAAACAGCGCAUUUUGUGCAAGUCAGCGCAGCUGCCUGCGAGGCUAAACAGGAUGCACGCGAAAGUGAUUCCGCGAGCAGCAAUUAUAAAGCGGAUAAAUUAUCGAAAAGUAUUCUGCUCUUCCUCGGCGGUGUUUGUCAACAAGGACUAUCUGAGAUCCCGCAUCUGCCCUCAGGCAAGUGCACAUCACUAUUCAUCCUGCUCUUCGGAUAUCUGAUGUUUCAAUACUACUCAGCCAGCAUUGUGGGCUCACUGCUGAUGGCUCCUCCUAGAAACAUCAAAACACUCCGAAAUUUGAUUGAUAGUCGGUUGGUUUUGGGCAUCGAAGAUAUCCCUUACAGCCGGGAUUAUUUCGUACGAACGCAGGAUGAGGACUCACUGGAGCUUUACCGGAAGCGUAUCAGUUUUUUCAACGAAAAAACGCAACUAAAUGAGUCCCACUAUUUGAACGCCGCUGACGGGCUCGCACUGGUCAAGGCGGGUGGAUACGCUUUUCAUGUGGCCAUUUCAGCCGGCUACAAAAUCAUUCGGGAAACUUUUAGCGAGCUGGAAGUGUGCGAGCUCGCUGAAAUUGACAUGUUUCCUCGGUCAGCCCAGUGGAUGGUCGCGAUAGUGCAGAAAAACUCCCCCUACAGGGAUGUUAUAACUUACGGAUUACGGCGCUUGAAUGAAGCCGGCAUAAUGGACCACCAGAGACACGUUUGGCAGGAACCGAAACCGAAAUGUGUGCGCAAAAUAGCGCCAACGGAUCUGAUUGUUGGUAUGGAUAGUGUUUAUUCGGCGUUUAUCCUGCUGUUCGCCGGUUCGCUCCUGUCCGCUGGCUUACUGUUGAUUGAGAUACUGCAUCAUCGGUUGCGCACGGGGUUUCGUUGGAAUCCGCGACGGUGGCAUCGGGAUCGACAACUGCUUCGACCUCAGCCGGCAGGGCACGAAAAACUUCCGCCGCAGCUUUGGAAUCGCGGCCACGUUUAUCCCUAUAAUGUGAGAGGUUUGUGCACCAAGAUCGCUCAACUGCGGUUACUGUUAAGUAGCAGCGAUUACGACGUGAUUGUUCUCGCGGAAACGUGGCUCAACCCCGUUAUCGACAGUGCAGAAAAAUCGUCCAAUUAUACUCUCUUUCGCUGUGAUCGCAAUGAAGCGACUAGUGUUCACUCUCGAGGGGGCUGCGUGCUGAUAGCCGUCAAAAGUCACCUUAGUUGCAGCUCCGUGUCAUUGAGUGACUGUGACCAGCUCGAGAAGACCCGGAAAUGCUUUUUUCUCUCAAAGUCAGACCGAGAUCGCAUCAAUCUGUAUGAAGUAGAGGUGGCAUACAAAGCUCUGCUAACAUCUACCUACGUUGACUAUAUCGCCAAAAUACAGUUGAGCAUUAAGCAAAAUCCCAAACAAUUUUGGGACUUCAUCAGGCAGCAAAAUUCAAACAACCGUAUUCCGAAUAUUAUGAAUCUCGACGGUGUGGAAGCUCGGACUAGCAGUACAACCGCCAAUCUCUUCGCGGCCUUUUUCGAAAACGUGUUCAGCAAUGUGUCACCAGUUCAAAACUAUAAUGCAUUCGCUCACGUACCAGUGUAUGACCUGAAUCUGCUCAGCAUCUAG